UCUACCCAAUCUUUCACCACUUUCUCCCAUUUCUUGUUUUCAUCAAUCUCUCUCUCUCUCUCUCUCUCUCUCUCUCUCUCUCUCUUACACACACACACAAAAAUCUAAAUCUUUCCCAAAAGGUUACUUUAAUUCAUCAAGUGUUGUAAACACUUAAUUUGGACAAGUUCAUGGGGAGUAGAUUCAUCAACAACCAGUUUGUUAGUGAGGUAGAAGACGCUGAAUAUUCGCCAGAAAACAGUGGAGAUUCGCCUAGCUCCGCCAUGUCUAAUGAUACCAAGAUGACUUUUACCUCCUCUCCAAAGAAAAGGCGAGCUAUACAAAAAAGAGUUGUGUUUUUGCCCAUCAAAGAAGUGGAAGGAUUAAGACUUAAGGGCGAUCAUAUGAGUACUCCACCUUCUGAUUCCUGGGCAUGGAGAAAAUACGGCCAAAAACCCAUCAAAGGUUCACCCUAUCCUAGAGGUUAUUACAGGUGCAGUAGCUCAAAGGGCUGUCCUGCAAGAAAACAAGUGGAGAGAAGUAGACAGGAUCCUACUAUGUUGGUGGUAACGUAUUCUUCUGAACACAACCACCCGUGGCCGGCUUCUAAAAAUCACCGCCAUAACGCCGCCGCAGCUAUGACAGCAACAAACGCUACACCUUCGGUCUCUGAAGAGGAGGAGGAAGAAGAAGAAGAUCAUGAUCAAGAUAAAGAUAAGAAAGAGCCCAUAAAUGUUUCCAUUCAAUCUGAACUCAUUUCUGAAGAUAAAUUUCCCAAUCUUGAUGAAACAUCCUUAAUUAACGGCAGCGAAUUUGGGUGGUUCACAGAUUUCUAUCCUACUUCUUGCACCAUGCUAUACAGCCCAAUUUUAACUGAAGACAGAGAUAAUACCGAUUCCGAUAUUUUCACAAUGCCAGAGGAAGAUGAGUCACUUUUUGCCGAUCUUGAUGAAUUGCCGGAGUGCUCAGCCGUGUUCCGCCGUGGGAUAGUGCAGAGAGAGGUGGCGCACAGGCGGCACAGCCUUGAAACCACCGGGUGAGAUAUCAGCCAAUACGUCAUCCAUAUUUGUCUUUUCUAAGCAACAUAUUUUAAUCUCAGCGUGUCGUACGCCAUGAGAUAACCCAGAAAGAAAAGUAUUUUUCUUAAAAUAUGUUAGCGUAGUGGUUAGGGAAUAAAAAUGUUAAUUUCAUUGUAAUUAGCACCAAAAGCCGUAGGUUAGUAACGGCUAUCUUAAUUUGGCUGACGUUUCUAUUCAAGAUAAUUAGCUUAUACUAUUCGUCCAUUAUUAUUUA